UAAAUCUUAGGUACCUACCUAUUGUUGUUAGGCAAGAAGUCUCUUCCCUCAGGUUCCAAGUUCUUGACAGUAGUAAACUUCGGUCCAUUCCAUUUAACUUACCCUGAAGCCACUCCGCUAAUUCCCAUGGUCCAACGCACCUAGGUGCUACGGAAGUCCGAAAGUCUGAACUGUGACGCGAAAACAAGGGAGAUCAUCAUCGCGUACCGAACAAACAAAAAGGUUGAUUAAACACGGUACACAAUGCCAGUGAGUCACUGGCAUAAAAAGAACUAAUAUAGAUGUUCAUUCAUCAUCUGAGUCUCCUAACUUUGAAAUCAAAUCCCGUUCACUGAUAGUAACCACUGCACAUUUACGAAACCGACUCACCAUAGUGUUCAGUACCUAAAGGGCGACCGUGACCGUGACCGUGAUACUACCAACUGAAUCCAGGCACUCACCAACAGGCAAAAGUACUCGUAUUCGUACUCGUACUCGUGGCACGAUGCCUCGCAGCGCCGCCAGACCGCGAGCAUACGACAAUCUACCAUCCGAGCGGUACCAAGGCCGGGCAUCUUUCGGAUCAGAACCGCCUUCCAAGACAAAACGGAAAGAGAUAGCGGAAGAAACACUAUCUCUGAUUCCUAGCGUCCUGCAAACCAUGGGGUUUUCCUCACAACCAGAGUCAAUUUUCUUCUCAUCACAGCUCGAAGAACUUGACCGGAGCCGGCUGGCCAGACCGGGAUACCCGACGAGACCCUCGAUCAAAGUUCGCUAUGGAGAUACUUUCAGUCUCGCUCGAGAGCUUUUGAAAUCGCGGCCAGACUACAGCGGUAAAGUGGCUGUGCUGAAUUGCGCAUCUGAUACCGAACUUGCGGGCGGCUGGCGGCAUCGCUUUGGGACAACGCAGGAGGAUGCACUUUGCUAUUCGUCGACGAUUUGGCCGACGCUGGAGAAAUGGAGUGGGAGGUAUCCUUGGCGGACGAUUGUCAGUAGAGACGGAAAUCCAGGAGAAUGUGCAGGCAUAUUCCAUCCCAACGUGGUCAUCUUUCGGGAUGAGUUGGCCAAAGACUGUCGCGUCCUAGACCGCAAGGACUGGGCUACUGUGAGCGUGACCAGUGUGGCGGCUUUGGCUUGUCCUCCUUUGGUACCAGCAAGUAAGUCCAGAGGUGGUCGAGGUGAUCAGGGGCAGGACAUGCAGUUGAAGCUCGACAAGGAUGUACGUAGGCUCAAGGAACGGUGGAGAAUGAUUCUACGGAUGGCGGCGGCACAGGAGAAGAGUUUGCUGUUGUUGGCGGCUAUUGGAUGUGGGGUUUGGAAGUGUCCUCCGAGGCAGAUGGCGGAGUUGCUUAAGGAGUGUCUGGAAGAGCCGGAGUUCCAGGGUUGGUUUGAGGAUGUUUGGGUUGGGAUUUAUGAUAGGAAAGUUUGUGAUGUUUGGCGAGAGGUGUUGGAGGAUGGAGAAGAAUCGUAGAAUGGGACUGGUAUACAACUUAAUCAGUCUGUGGCUACUUGGACUGAUGGGAUUCAAUCGCACCGAUGGAAUGAGAGGGUCUACUAUGCACCUAGGUAGGUACUCAGUGCGUGAACCUCGCUAAGAUGCAGAGUGCCCGAUUAAAGCACACUGUCACCCUAUGUUCAAUUCUACCUUCCAAACCGAAAUCAGAAUAAAU